UACUCCUGUUUGCGGCUUCUUUAAAAUCUCGUAAUUCGUGUGAUACGAACUUGCAUAGUUGGCGUUUGUUAGCAACGACAAUCAUCUAUUUUCUUAAAUGACAUACUAGUGCAGUCUGCUGUUUGUACUCUUUUUUUAUCUUUUUCCUUUGCUUAUUCUCCCCUUUAUCUGUAAACCUUUCAUAAUAAUGUCUACUAUGCUUGACUUGAACGAUGACGAUCUAUUGACAUCAACAACAAUAGAUAAUAGUCAUCAGUUUGUCAACUUUUCUCGGAAGGUGACUGAAGCAUCCUCCAUGAAAAAACCAGUGGAUAUUCAAUUAGGGAUAGCUUCUGGAAAGGGUUUCUUCACCCGAGCUUCUCCUUCAGUAUUUAUGGCACAACGUCACAAACAGCAACAGCAAUCAGAACGUAUAGAUUUAUCCACCAAUCAAGCGACAAGUGGUAUAGCCAUUGAGAGCAAGGCCCUUUCGACUCCUUCGAUUUCAAUAGAUUAUGUCCAUACUCCGACUACUAUUAACAAUGAUGCAUACACUAAAAACGACAAUGUGGCUUUACCAAAUAGCAGCAGUACUGCUACGACAGCUUCGUUACCAUCAAUUCUCACAACGACUGCACACUCACCCUCUUUAAAACAGUUAGUAAAUGAUGUAUUGAAACAUAUUGAGUCCUGUCCAGAUAAAACUGCUUACUCAAAUGAUUUGGAUAUGUUAAAACCAAGACUAAAAGCAUACAACAAGUAUACUUGAAACAUUAAGCAGCAGUUGGAUGCAGGCUCAAAUAAAUGUAUACGCAAAGGUUUUUUUUUGCCCGAAGAGAAUCCUUUACUUCUUUAUUUUUAUUAAAAGAGCAGAAAAAUGCUUCAACGUAGAAGUAAAACAAUAGAAAGUCAGCCAUCAUAUACCCGAGCAAUUUACUUGAGAAUGGUGAAAGCAUGCCUAAACACAUAAGCCGCGCCAACGCUAUGGAUGCUAGUCCAUGUUGCUGUACAAUUACUUUUGCUUACUGGCCUCCCUAUAGGCUUUUGUAAGGUUGUCAUCAGUAAUCGU